AUGGAGGAGCUCAUGAAGAUGAAUGAGCCCCGAGCUAACUCUGCCAUCAUAGAAGACAUCCCCACUUUAGAAGCCCAUCCAAGGAUCAUACAAGAGGUCGAAAACGCGCAAAAUGCUAAGGAAGAGGAGAGUAUUGAAGGAAUGGAAGAUUGUUAUGCAUUGGAAAAUCAAAAGGAGGUAGAAAUGGAGAGUGACGAUGAGAACAUCGAAAUAGUAUGGGAAGAAGAAGAGCCAACAUAUGAAAUAUUGCCAUACGAUCCAGAAAUUGAAAGAACUCUACGCAGGUUAAGAAAACAAUCUCGGAGGAAAUUGGAGUUUAGUGCACUGGCUACUGAUUCCCCAUCUUCCUCACAUUCUAAUUCAGAAGAAAAACCCAUGGCUCAAAAUCGGACUUUAAAAGAGCUUGGAGCUCCAAAUUUAGAUCAACAGCCUUUAUGCAUUACGUUUCCUGCUUUAGAUGCUAAUGUACAAUUUGAAUUAAAAUCUGGGUUAAUUCAUCUUUUGCCUUCUUUUCAUGGACUUGCAGGUGAAGAUCCUCAUAAACACUUAAAAGAAUUUCAUGUGGUCUGUUCAAGUAUGAAACCCACGGGGGUUACUGAAGAACAAAUCAAGUUGAGAGCAUUUCCAUUUUCUUUGAAAGAUUCAGCAAAAGAUUGGCUAUACUAUCUACCUUCCGGGAGCAUCGCCACAUGGAAUGACUUGAAGACGGUGUUCCUUGAAAAAUACUUUCCAGCUUCAAGGGCAGCCAACAUCAGAAAGGAAAUUUGUGGUAUAAGGCAACACAAUGGCGAGUCAUUAUAUGAAUAUUGGGAACGUUUCAAGAAGCUUUGUGCAAGCUGUCCUCAUCACCAAAUCACGGAACAAUUACUUAUUCAGUACUUUUAUGAAGGACUUUUUCCAACUGAUAGAAGCAUGAUUGAUGCUGCAAGUGGAGGUGCAUUAGUUGAUAAGACACCAGAUGCUGCAAAGAAUCUAAUUGCAAACAUGGCUGUAAAUUCUCAACAGUUUGGCAGUAGGUUUGUCCAACCAUCCAAGCAAAUGAAUGAGGUAAGUAUUUCCAAUCUUGAACAACAAGUGGCUGGUUUAACUACUCUUGUUCGGCAAUUAGCUGUAGGAAAUAUGCAAACUGUGAAGGCCUGCGGAAUUUGCUCGGUAGUUGGGCACCAAACUGAUGCUUGCCCAACUCUUCAAGAAGAACCUAUUGAACAUGUCAAUGCGGCUGGAGGUUUUCCUGGACAACCUCAAGGUAAGUAUGAUCCAUUUUCUAAUUCAUAUAAUCCUGGUUGGAGGGAUCACCCGAACCUUAGCUAUGGAAACUCACAAGGGAACCAGAUUGUUCAGAAUCGUUCCAAUUUUCAGCAGUAUAGACAACCAUUUCCUUCAAGACAACCACCGGCCCAAAGCUCUAACUCAGGUAUGAAUCUUGAAGACAUUGUUAAGUCUCUUGCCACUAACACUUUACAAUUUCAGCAAGAAACACAACUAUUCCAACAAGAAACAAAGUCCAAUUUUCAAGAAACGAAAGCUAGCAUCCAGAACUUAGAAAGACAAAUGGGCCAACUAGCAACUACGGUAAGUCGAUUGGAGGCACAGAGUUCUGGAAAAUUACCUUCUCAAACGGUGGUCAAUCCAAGAGAAAAUGCAAGUGCAAUUGUUUUGAGAAGUGGUAAGGAAAUUGAAGGUCCCGCAAAUGUUACCCCAUCAGCAGACCAAGAAAAAGAGGAAACUAGCAAGAACAAAAAUUCUCCAGGUAAGUUUCCUAGUCUUUCUGAUUAUAAACCCACUCCCCCAUUCCCUCAAGCUUUGUUAGAAUCUAAAAAAGAAGCGAAAGAUGUAGAGUUAUAUGAAACUUUCAAAAAUUGUGAAGUAAAUAUUCCAUUACUUGAUGCAAUAAAACAAGUUCCUAGAUAUGCUAAAUUCUUAAAGGAGUUGUGUACAACAAAAAGGAAGCAAAAAUCAAAAAGAGGUGAGAAGGUGAUAAUGGGAAAGAAUGUCUCAGCUGUGAUUCAAAGCAAGCUUCCUGAAAAAUGCAAGGAUCCAGGUAUGUUUACUAUUCCUUGUAUGAUAGGUGAUACUAGACUUGAGAAAGCCAUGUUAGACUUAGGAGCAUCUAUUAAUGUUAUGCCAUAUUCUGUGUAUGCUUCUUUAAAACUUGGACCUUUGAAUAAAACUAGUGUGGUCAUCCAAUUGGCUGAUAGAUCUAAUGCAUAUCCUAGGGGUGUUAUUGAAGAUGUAUUGUUGCAAGUUAAUAAUUUGAUAUUCCCUACUGAUUUCUAUGUGCUUGAUAUGGAAAAUAAUGAUCAUUCUGCACCUAUUCUACUAGGAAGACCAUUCUUAAAAACUGCAAAAACAAAAAUUGAUAUUCACAGUGGUACACUUACUAUGGAGUUUGAUGGUAAUAUUGUUACAUUCAAUAUUUAUGAUGCUAUGAAAUGCCCUAGUGAUGAUAACUCUGCUUAUUCUAUUGAUAUUUUUGAUUCAUUAGUUGAAGAGGUUUUCGAAUUUGAUGGUAAGGAUGAAUUGAAAGUUGUUAUUAGUGAACACCUUGAAAAGGGGAAUAAUAAUAAUGUUUCUUAUAUGGCUUUACCUGUUUCUAGCAAAAAAUUGUUACCCUCUAUUGUGCAGGCACCUAUCCCCGAGUUGAAACCUCUCCCCGAACACCUUAAAUAUGCUUUCUUGGGAGAAAAUAAAACAUUACCAGUCAUAAUUUCAACUAAACUUUCUGCAACAGAAGAAGAAAAGCUUGUCCAUGUGUUGAAAGAACACAAAACUGCUAUUAGGUGGACAAUUGCAGAUAUCAAAGGAAUAAGUCCAUCCACUUGCAUGCACCGAAUUCUACUAGAGGAAGGAGCAGAACCAUCUCGUCAACCGCAAAGGAGGCUAAACCCACCCAUGAUGGAAGUAGUGAAGGAAGAUGUCCUUAAACUCCUUGGAGUUGGGAUAAUCUAUCCAAUUUCAGACAGCAAAUGGGUUAGCCCAACUCAGGUGGUUCCUAAGAAAACAGGAAUUACAGUUGUGAAAAACCAAAAUGAUGAACUGGUUCCCACUCGUAAUGUUUUGGGGCAUGUUAUUUCAUCUAGAGGGAUUGAGGUUGAUAAAGCUAAAGUUGAUAUUAUUGAAUCUCUACCUUAUCCUACUAAUGUGCGGGAAGUCCGCUCUUUUCUUGGACAUGCAGGUUUCUACCGAAGAUUUAUCAAAGACUUCUCGAAGAUAGCCCUACCCUUGUGCAAAUUGCUGCAAAAAGAAACCUCCUUUGAGUUUGACGAAGAGUGUAAAGGAGGAUUUGACAAAUUAAAAGAGUUGUUGACGUCUGCCCCGGUCAUUCAGCCACCUAAUUGGAACUAUCCUUUCGAGAUUAUGUGUGAUGCAAGUGAUCACGCAGUAGGGGCUGUGUUGGGUCAAAAGAUCGGGAAAACAUCCCAUGUUAUUUAUUAUGCUUCUAGAACUUUAAAUGAUGCUCAGAAAAACUAUUCUACUACAGAAAAAGAACUUUUAGCCAUUGUUUUUGCUUUGGAAAAAUUUAGGUCUUAUUUGUUGGGUACUAAAGUUAUAGUUUAUUCUGAUCAUGCAGCUCUUCGCUACUUGAUGAAAAAGCAGGAAGCCAAACCAAGAUUGAUAAGAUGGAUACUCCUCUUGAGUGAGUUUGAUAUGGAGAUCAAAGAUAGGAAAGGGUUAGAAAAUCCUGUGGCGGAUCAUUUGAGUCGUUUGGUGCACAUCGAACCUGAACCUCCUCUGCAAGAAGCAUUCCCUGAUGAACACCUACUUGCUGCAACAGUGAUUUUACCAUGGUAUGCUAACAUAGUCAAUUUUUUGGUUGCUAACAAAUUUCCUCAUGAGUUAUCUAAAGCCCAAAAAGAUAAAAUCAAGAGUGAUUCCAAGUACUAUGUGUGGGAUGAACCAUACCUGUGGAAGCAUUGUGCUGACCAAGUAGUAAGAAGAUGUGUACCUGAUGAUGAAAUUGUUUCAAUCCUCGCUUUCUGUCACUCUUAUGCUUGUGGAGGUCACUUUGGUGCCAAGAGAACAGCAAGGAAAGUGUUGGAGUGUGGUUUUUAUUGGCCAACUUUAUUUAGAGAUUCAUAUUCAUUUUGUAAGUCAUGUGAUGCUUGCCAAAAGUCAGGUAAUUUAUCCCGGAGAAAUGAAUUGCCACAAACUCCGAUCAUAUUUUGUGAGGUUUUUGAUGUCUGGGGCAUUGAUUUUAUGGGCCCAUUUCCUGUAUCUUUUGGUUUUGUCUAUAUUUUACUUGUUGUUGAUUAUGUUUCAAAGUGGGUGGAAGCUAAGGCCACCAGGACUGAUGACUCUAAAGUUGUUGCAGAUUUUAUCAAGUCUAACAUCUUUUCCAGGUUUGGGAUUCCAAGAGCUAUAAUAAGUGACCAGGGAACUCACUUUUGUAAUCGCACUAUUGAAGCAUUGCUUAGGAAGUACCAUGUCACCCAUAAGGUGUCAACUGCCUACCACCCACAGACUAAUGGGCAAGCAGAGGUGUCUAACCGAGAGAUCAAGUCAAUCCUUGAGAAAACAGUCAACCCAAACAGGAAGGAUUGGAGUUUGCGAUUAGAUGAUGCAUUGUGGGCGUACAGGACUGCAUACAAAACACCUAUUGGUAUGUCCCCUUAUCGCAUUGUGUUUGGGAAAGCAUGUCACCUUCCAGUUGAGUUGGAGCACAAAGCAUAUUGGGCUGUCAAGAACUUUAACAUGAAUAUUGAUGAAAGUGGCCUGCACCGGAAGUUGCAACUUUCUGAGUUGGAGGAAAUUCGCAAUGAGGCUUACGAGAAUUCAAGAAUUUACAAAGACAAGACGAAAGCAUUCCAUGACAAGAUGAUUUUGAGAAAAGAAUUUUCAAUUGGACAAAAAGUCCUACUCUUCCAGUCACGGCUUCGUCUAUUCCCAGGUAAGUUACGUUCUCGUUGGGUUGGUCCGUUUAUUAUUUUUAUUGUUACUAAUAUAUUUCCUCAUGGUGCAAUAGAGAUUCAAAGUUUGCAGACUUCUAAGAUAUUCAAGGUGAAUGGCCAUAGGCUUAAACCUUACCAUGAUGAGUUUCGAGUUGAUGGCCAUAGGCUUAAACCUUACCAUGAUGAGUUUCGAGUUGAAAGCCAUAGGCUUAAACCUUACCAUGAUGAGUUUCGAGUUGAAAACGUUGCAGAAGUACUUCUUGAAGAUCCAGUUUAUUUUGACAUUGGGGACAAUGUUGCCCUUUUCUGUGCAUUUUUACUCAGCAUUGGGGACAAUGUUGAUAUUUUCUGUGCAUUUUUACUCAGCAUUGGGGACAAUGUUGAUAAUAAGUGUGCAUUUUUACUCAGCAUUGGGGACAAUGUUGAUAAUAAGUGUGGGGGAGUACUCAGCAUUGGGGACAAUGUUGAUAAUAAGUGUGGGGGAGGGAGUUGCAUUGGGGACAAUGUUGAUAAUAAGUGUGGGGGAGGGAGUUUAGAUUUAUUUAUAUAA